AUCCGCGUCUCAGUCCGCGCGCACGUUGGCGGUUGUAUGUGUGAGGGAUGGUUUGUAAGCAGUGAAGUUAAUAUCGACAGACAGUUUAUUUUCUGAGAACACAGAGGAGGGCGAGAAAGGUGUUUAUGCGACAGACGCGACGUGAACUGUCGGUGAAGACAGAACAGUUAGCGUCAACAUUUCUAUCUGACGGCGGCUGGCAGAAAGCCUUAGGAAGACAUCAAGAUGUGGGAACAGGAGGAAUUUGCAAAACACUGGAGGAAUGAAUUUCCUGACGGAGAGGUGCCCCAAAUGGACUUAAACUCUGUAGAGGACAUCGAGUCUGAACUGGAGACAUGUAAAGCCAAUCUGAAGAGGCUCCAGAAGGCUCUGGCGGAGGAGAAAUUCAAGGUGAUUUACCUGCAGACCACCAUGGCUAGGCAGAAGAGAAACGACACGGAAAGGUUUGAAAGCAAAGAUGAAAAUUGCAACGCCGAAACGUUUGCCUUGUCUAAGACGGGAAUUAGAAAAGUGAUGGGGCGGAAGGAUGAAGGCGGCGUGGACCGAACCAAGGUGUCGGACUCCGGAGGAAUGAGGCUCCCCGCAGCAAGCGGCACAGCGGGACUCACCAGCUCCUUCAUCCGGGAGAGGGGCAGGUUCAGCGGCAAGACAGGUAAGCCUGUCCCUAUUCCUGUCCCGCCGGUGAAAGUCAGCUCUCACAAGGCCCUUGUCUUUGCCCCUCAAACGAACGACAACGAUGAGAGCAGCGACCAUGAAUAUGAGGAUGUGGAGCUGAAUGAGAAUUUCGUCAGGAAUAACUUGUUGACACCGAAGACUGCAGGCGGGGACAGCCGGAGGACGCCCAGCAUCCCCCGGGACAGCCGCCGACCUUUCCGUCACAGCCGCCGACCUUUCCGUCACAGCAGGGACUUUGACUCCGGCGAUGAUGGCAGGCUGUCACCUUCCUAUUCGCAGAUUAAAUGCAGAGCCUCGCGCGGCUCCGGGUACAGCACCCCUGACAGGAGGAGUGAUGGAUAUCUGAGCUCUGACCAUGACGACUCCUCUUCUGCAGACUUUAACUACAACACAGAUGGUUAUGAGGGGGACGGAGCAGAGGACGGGAAGUCCCAGGACGGCUCGGAGACCCUGCCCUAUAUAGACGAAUCACCUACCAUGUCACCCCAGAUGUGUAUGCCCCAAGGACCCGAUGGAGAAACGGUCUCCCCCACACCACCAGAGGGCCUGCUGUCUGGGGGAGACAUAGAAAAGGGGCUGGAAAUGAAGAAACUGGUACUGUCUGGUUUCUUGGCCAGUGAGGAGAUCUAUAUUAACCAACUGGAGGCCCUGCUGCUGCCCAUGCGGCCCCUGAGAGCCACAGCAUCAACAUCCCAGCCUGUCCUGACCAUCCAGCAGAUAGACACCAUCUUCUACAAAAUCCAGGACAUCUUUGAGAUCCACAAAGAGUUCUACGACACCCUCUUUCCCAGCAUACAGCAGUGGGAUGAGAAGGUCACUGUGGGACAUUUAUUUCAGAAGCUGGCCAGCCAGCUGGGAGUGUACAAGGCGUUCGUGGAUAACUACAAGGUAGCGCUAGAAACGGCAGAGAAAUGCAGCCAAGCCAACAUCCAGUUCCAGAAGAUAUCAGAAAACCUCAAGGUAAAAGGCCCUAAAGACUCUAAAGAUUGUACCACAACAAUUUCAAUGGAGGCUCUCCUCUACAAGCCGAUUGACCGUGUUACCAGAAGCACCCUGGUCCUUCAUGACUUGCUGAAACACACCCCUAAGGACCAUCCAGACUUCCCCCUCCUGCAGGACGCUCUGCGGAUUUCUCAGAACUUCCUCUCCUCCAUCAACGAGGAGAUUGAUCCUCGGAGGACCGCUGUCACUACACCCAAAGGAGAGGCCCGUCAGCUUGUGAAGGAUGGCUUUCUGGUGGAGGUGUCGGAAAGCUCCAGGAAGCUACGACACGUCUUCCUUUUCACUGAUCUGCUGCUCUGUGCCAAGAUGAAGAAGACAGCAGUGGGCCGCCAUCAGCAGUAUGAGUGCAAGUGGUACAUCCCUCUGGCUGAUCUCACUUUUCAAACCCUGGACGACACAGACUCCUGCCCGAGUAUCCAAGUUUUGCCCGAGCAUGAGAUUGAGGAGAUGAAGAUCAAAAUCUCAGCCUUAAAGAAUGAGAUACAGAAAGAGAAGAAAGCACCAAAGGGUCAGAGUCGUGUGGAGCGUCUGAGGAAGAAGAUGAAUGAGCAGGAGUCCUGGUUGCUCCUGCAUUCCCCUACUAUCCCCUUCCGCAUACACAACAAACAUGGAAAGAGCUUUCUGUUUCUCUUGUCUUCUGACUAUGAAAGGUCAGAGUGGAAGGAAAGCAUCCAGAAGCUCCAGAAGAAAGAUCUGCAGGCCUGUGUAUUAAGUUCUGUAGAGCUUCAGGUCCUGACCAGCUCUUGUUUCAAACUCCGAACUGUCCACAACAUUCCUGUCACCAGUAACAAAGAUGAUGAGGAGACUCCUGGCCUGUACGGCUUUCUGCAUGUGAUCGUCCACUCUGCCAAAGGAUUCAAGGAGUCAGCUAAUUUAUACUGCACCCUUGAAGUGGAUUCAUUCGGUUACUUUGUCAGCAAAGCUAAGACCCGAGUCUUCAGAGACACUACAGAGCCUCAGUGGAACGAAGAGUUCGAGAUCGAGUUGGAGGGCUCCCAGUACCUGCGGAUCCUUUGCUACGAGAAGUGUUACGACAAAAGCAUGCUCAACAAGGACGAUAACGAGAUUGUGGACAAGAUCAUGGGCAAAGGGCAGGUCCAGCUGGAUCCUCAGACGGUGCAGUCCAAGAACUGGCACAUGGACGUCAUAGAGAUGAACGGGAUUAAAGUGGAAUUCUCCAUGAAGUUCACAAGUCGGGACCUCAGCUUGAAGAGAACGCCAUCCAAAAAACAGAGUGGGGUGUUUGGAGUCAAAAUUAACGUGGUUACAAAGCGCGAGCGCUCCAAGGUGCCUUACAUUGUCCGUCAGUGCAUUGAGGAAGUGGAAAAGAGGGGGAUUGAUGAAGUGGGAAUCUACAGGAUCUCAGGGGUGGCCACUGACAUCCAGGCCCUCAAAUUAGCAUUCGACACAAAUACCAAAGACAUCCUGGUGAUGCUGAGUGACAUGGACAUCAACGCCAUCGCAGGAACACUCAAGCUGUACUUCAGGGAGCUGCCCGAGCCUCUGCUCACUGACCGCCUCUACCCCGCCUUCAUGGAGGGCAUAGCUCUGUCAGACCCGGCAGCCAAGGAGAACUGCAUGAUGCACCUCCUGCGCUCUCUGCCCGACCCCAACCUCAUGACCUUCCUCACUCUGCUAGAGCACCUCAAACGGGUGGCUGAGAAGGAGCCGAUCAACAAGAUGUCCCUCCACAAUCUGGCCACCGUGUUCGGCCCCACUCUGCUCAGACCCUCCGAGUCAGAGAGCACCAAGGGACAGCACAUCACCUCUGCCUCAGACAUCUGGUCACAUGACGUCAUGGCACAGGUCCAAGUUCUGCUCUACUACCUGCAGCAUCCUCCCAUCUCCUUUGCCGAGCUCAAGCGUAACACGCUCUACUUCUCCACUGACGUUUAACCCCCCCCCACUCCAAGGGCUUCAUCCGGAGACCAGAGUGGGAGAGAGACUCCAUAUAAAUCCCACCCUCAGUACCCUCCUGCCUCACCUCUCUCCAGGAGACAGCUCGUAGAGCUCUCUAUUGUACAGACCCCCUAAAAGUCCCUUAUUUAACCCUCCUCCCCCACCAACGUCCUGUGAUGAGACGGAGGCGAGCACGCAGGAAGGCUGCAAAGGAAAUUUCCUGAUCAUCUAGAAGUCAUGUAAUGUGUUCGGUUUGUAAGGCAGGGAAAGCAGAGCCAGCCCACCGGGAUAAACACUGGGAAAACUUGUAGGGUGGAAGUGGAAAUCCAGAGGCCACAGCCUGGUGCGGUGGCUCAGGACCAUAUCUGACUGUGUGUGAUGGUGUCUUUUCGUGAGCCCUUUCAGUCGCUGGUUGAUGAUCUCAGAAACCAACCAGCUCAAACUUCCUGAUCAGAGGCAUUCCUGAAAAAAGGCAUUUACAUGUUUUAUAAUAAUGUUCAUCAGCUGUUUAUGUUUCCUUUUUUUGUCUUUCUGGCUUUGUGCAUUUGGUAGAGGAGGCUGGUGUGUGUGUGUGUGUGUGUGUGUGUGUGAGUGACAUGUGGAUGUACUCGACUGAGUGUGUGUGUGUGUGUGUUUAAGGGACUACAAGAACUUGAGAGGUGGCUGGGAAGCCGUCCCAAUGAAUGGCAGGGACUGGGACUCUCUGUACUUACACAACAAGAGAGGACAGUCCUCCCCACUGAGUCUUGGCCAAAUUAGCCCUAUUUAUUUUGAAUAUAUAUAUAUAUAUAUAUAUAUAUAUAUAUAUAUAAUAUGUGUGCCUGUACAGUUUUGUGCAACUAGAAAAAAGCUCUAAGGAGUCCGUUUUUUUUUAAGUUUAUCCAGGUAGUGACGUUAUUUUUAGUCUGAUUUUCUUAUUCACAAUGUCCAUGGUUGGUAAGCCGUACUGAAAACAUCACCAGAAAGUCUGCCAAUUAAUUUCAGAUCACUUUGUUGACAUCGAGGGGCACUUUGUGACAUGACUGUUGUCUGUGGGGGAGGGUGGGGAGGGAAACAACACAGUGAACGGAACAGUUGGCUUCCUUUUGUUUUUCUUGUUGUCGCAUCGCAAGCCUGUUCCAAGUGUCUUAUUGCACCGGUAUUAUCUGUAGGAUGAUUUGUGUAGUUGCCCUCAUUGCAUGUUCAGCUUGUCAAUGAAAUCAGGCCGAGUAACAAAGGUAGGUUGUUUCUGCAAGGCCCAUCACUAAGACUGGCAAAAAAAAACACAAAAAGAAAAAAAAAUCUGCUAUGUACAAAGCCAACCUUUCUGCUAUCAAGCCUGCAACAUAUCAUAAUAAACUGCAAGCACUGCUAGAUGAGUACUAUUUGAUAUUUUUAAUAUAAGAUUAAAAUAAUAAAAACUGUUGUAUUUUACUUCCUUUGAGAAGAAUUUCAAUAUACUGUAAUAUUGAGACUAGAUGUCAAUGUGAACUUUCCCCCCCCAUUUUUUAGUAAAAUAAAAGUUAUCAAACACUCA